AUGUCACUUGGACCUACCAGAUCGCUCGUUCCGUCUUCAGCAAUUGCCGUCUUCGUGUUGUACUGCCUGUUAUUCUGCCUACUGGCAAGACAGGCCACAGCCGGACCUUCACAGACCUCCAAUGAGGAGAGAAAGAUUCAACUAGGCUUGAUGCUUCUGAAGAACACUGUUCAGGAAUAUGUAAUCAGCUACUUCAUACGAUGGACGCCAACGGACAGCCUGCGCCAGGUUAUGCGCAACAUUUAUCAUAAGCUGCAAGCAAACAAGAGCCCCGAACCUCGAGGAGUUCUAGUGGAUUUGGGCAAAACCAUUGUGCACAUGAGUAUUGUAAAGUCGCCCUUGUAUGUUGGCGCUUAA